GAGAUCACUUGGGAGCAGCUAACCAGUUGCCUUGCGGACAUGCAAACUUUCUGUCAUUCUCUCCGUGAGACAGGGUUCAAAAGAGCCAUAGAGCGAUGGUCGGUACAACUGAGUAGAGUAGCUCCGCUUGUCCAUGACGACCAGUUAGGCAAGAGCACACUGUCAGACAGCCUCAUCCGAUUUCGACACUGGCAGAAUGGCGACCCCAGGGAUACCGUUUAUGGACUACUCGCGCUUACCGGGAUUAAGAAGGGUCAGUUCGAAAUUAAGCCUGAUUAUACAAGACCAGUGCUUGACGUUUUGGUCGACGCCGUCGAGUAUGCGAUCGAGGUCGAGGAGAGCCUGGCCUUAGUCGCUGUGCCCUGGGCACCGAGCAUUCCUGGACUACCCACAUGGAUCGUGCCUCUCGAGAAGGAAGUUGGGUUACUUGAAGAUCCUUGGGGCGGAAGCAUUCCGCCAGACCUUGAGUCGACAUUCUACCCCCUCCUUAGAUCCAAAGUAAUGAAAGCCCAGAUUCUGCGCCCGAGCAAGGAGGACGUUUUCGGCACCAGACAAUCCUCGGGCUACGUGCUGAAGGUUCUGGGACUCACGCUCAACGGGUUUCUGUGGCUACCAGAUGUGUGGGAUAACUCUAGCUUGAUGGAGGGCCAUUUCCACCCGUACCUUCCGGGAAUCCAAGAUUGGGAAGAUCGGAGACCAAGCGAUCGAAUUGUCCUAAUUCCUGGGUGUCAGCGAAUCGUCCUUCUAAGACAGCUCGACGAUGGCUUUGUCCUUGUGGGGUCCUUGACCGCGUUGGCGGGCGAGGCUAUCCUAAGCUAUAUGCGGAAACAGGAGCUGGAUCAACUGAUGAGUUCACCAAAAGAGACAUUCAUCAUAUAUUGAAUCCCGAGACGCGGUUCUCCAAACCCGUGAGGCCCGGCACUCUUCCGUAUGGUCACCGAGUAGCCUUGCCGGCAACCUAUGGUCUGCCCUUACGUUUACCUGCGCUCUUACAUCUCUUCCAUAACUCCACCAGCCUCU